UAAUCCCAUGCGCCCUUUUGUCUUCUGUAUCUCCUUUCUUUCACUCCUCAUUUCCAUGGCUGCAGAUACCACUUCCCCUUACUCUCCAACGGAUUAUUUUCUUCUUGACUGUGGCUCCUCCUCAAACACAACAACAUCUUUCGACGGCCGAACGUGGGGAGGCGAUUCAGCCUCAAAAUUCUCGUCCUCUAACGCACAAAAUGUAUCAUUCGAAUCCACAGCUGACCGGCAGCAGGCUUCGGUGGAGCAAGUGCCCUACAUGACAGCUCGUAUCUUUAACUCCCAGUUCACAUACACCUUCCCUGUUUCAGCCGGGCCUAAGUUCGUCCGUCUUUACUUCUAUCCAGCAGCUUACUCCGGCAUCCAUGAAUCUGACUUCUUCUUCAAUGUUACAUCUGGGGUUUAUACCCUCUUGAGCAACUUCAGUGCUUCUCUUACGGUUGCUGCUAUGGAACCCCAAGUAGCUUUCAUUGUUAAAGAAUUCAUCAUCCACGUGUGGGAAAAUCAGACUCUGAACAUAACUUUCUCUCCAUCCCCAAGCUUUUAUGCCUUCGUUAAUGGCAUCGAAGUCUGUUCCAUGCCAAAUAAUCUAUACAUCAGUGACAGUGAGCAGAUUCCCUUGGUGGCCACGAAUUAUUUGUUUUACAUCGACAACUACACCGCUCUAGAAACUGUUUAUCGUCUAAAUGUGGGUGGCGCUAGCUUCGGAGGAGAAAGAGACACGGGAAUGUUUCGGACGUGGCAACAGGAUUCAUCUUAUAUCUUUGGUGCAGCUAGUGGGGUAACAUUACAAGGGAAUAAUACUGACAUCCGCUAUACUCGGGCGACGCCUGCACACACUGCCCCAACCGCAGUCUACUCUUCCUCCAGGAGUAUGGGUCCCAUACCUGAUAUAAAUUUGAAUUACAACCUAACGUGGAUCUUCCCUGUCGAUUCUGGGUUUUAUUAUCUUGUUCGGCUUCAUUUCUGUGAAACAGGAGAAGAUAUUACGCGUAUAAAUGAACGGGUUUUUGAUAUAUUUCUCAAUAACCAAACGGCCCAGGAAAAAGCUGAUGUGAUUGCUUGGAGUACAGGCGUUGGAAUUCCAAUUUACCAAGACUACAUUGUGUAUAUGAUACCGGAUGGGAGCCGAGGCAAGCAGGACCUAUGGCUCGCCUUACACCCUAACAUGGAUACUAGGUCCCGGUUCGCUGAUGCCAUAUUAAAUGGUUUAGAGAUCUUCAAGUUGAAUCAAUCCUAUGGCAGCCUCGCAGGGCCCAAUCCUGAGCCGGUACCGAUACCGCUGCCACUGCUGCAAGCACAGAAUUCUAAGAGUAAAGGACUCUCAGCGUUCAUAAUCAUAGGCGCGGCGCUACUCUUCGGCAUAUUUGCUCUACUCUCUCUUGUAUACUUCUUUAUCCUGCGGAAACGGGAGAGAUUAGGGUGCUGGGGAUUGGGUAAAGCCAAGAUGAUGAGCAUGAGGCGGGGUGGUUUUUCUCUACCCAAGGAACUAUGCCGUCACUUUGCUCUCUCCGAGCUUCGAGAAGCCACUAACGAUUUCGAUGACGUUCUCGUCAUCGGACACGGCGGUUUCGGCAAUGUGUACAAAGGCUACAUCGACGGUGGAGAUACCAUCGUUGCAAUCAAACGCUUGAAAUCAAAGUCAAAGCAAGGGGCACACGAAUUUUUGACCGAAAUUGAGAUGCUGUCCAAGCUCCGGCACCGGCAUCUGGUUCCACUGAUAGGCUACUGCGAGGAGGAAGGGGAGAUGAUUCUUGUAUAUGAUUACAUGCACCAUGGGACCCUUCGUAAUCACCUCUACGGCGCUGAUAAUGAUCCUCUCCCAUGGAAGCAGAGGCUCGAGAUUUGUAUCGGCGCAGCUCGUGGGUUGGAUUAUCUUCAUGCAGGUGCGCAGCAUCCCAUCAUUCACAGGGAUAUCAAGUCCACCAACAUCUUGUUGGAUAACAAAUGGGUGGCUAAGGUUUCAGAUUUCGGAUUGUCCAAGAUGAGACCCUCCGACGACCCGGUCACCACAGUGGUUAAGGGCACGUUUGGAUAUAUGGAUCCUGAGUACUAUAAGUGGAUGAAACUCACACAGAAAUCUGACGUGUACUCGUUCGGAGUGGUGCUGUUGGAAGUGAUUUGUGGGAGGGCUGCAGUGGAUAGAAGCUUGGAGUAUGAGCAAAUGAGUUUAGCCAAUUGGGCACGGGCAUGUAUUGAAAAGGGUAGGCUUGAUGAGAUAAUUGACCCGCUUCUCAUGGGUCAACUUGCUGACGACUGCUUGGAGAAAUUCGUGGAGACUGCUUAUGACUGUCUGCUUGAUCAGGGAAUCCAACGCCCAACAAUGGAUGAUGUGGUCGCUAGGCUUGAAUUUGCUUUGCAGCUGCAAGACAAUGCAGAUGCUACCGCAGAGGCACUUACCCUUACUGUUAGUGAAUAAAACAUAGUAAAGUUUAAUAUGCACAUUGAAAUGUAGGUCACUGAAAAAAAGGUAGAAACGAAUGGAAUAAAGUACAAGAAUUCAAACAAAUAUGGCCUAAAAAUAUA